GUCCAGCGCGGUGUAUUUUUGCCCGCUACACACUAUUAUUUAUGAACGGUGCGCGUCCUGUGCAUUAUUCUUGAGCGGUGCAACCAGCGAGCAGCAGCGUUUGCAGCAAUUCGAGCUGUGUGCAAAAUAGUACCGCUGUGCCCCUGUGAGAGCUGCUUGGCGGACGCCGCGAGCCGAGCGUACGAAACGGUCGAAGCAGCACGAUAAAUGGCGCUCCCCGGCGACGACCAGCACCGGCACCUCUGGCAGACGUUCCUGCAGAGCGACGCGGGCCACGCCGGGCUCGAGAAGCAGCACCAGGAAGAAACCGACCUGCACCGCGCGGACUACAAGGCGCGCAUCAAGCCGAUUCAAUUACGGGAGUUGGCCGACGCGCUCGAAGGCUGCUCACGCGACGUGAAGCGCGCCGUGGCCCCCUUGCUAGAAUACGAGUGCGUCCACCAUAUUUUGUAUGGGGUGCUCGUGAGCUGCCACGUGAAAAAUGUGGACUUCUCCGACCACCUCCAGUCCCACUCCAUCCGCAAGCAGCUCGAGCAGCUCGCGGAGGACGUCCGCAUCAAUGCACAGAAUGGCGUCGACGUCGACGGCGAGUACUGGGCGGGCGUCACUCGGAAGCUGAACGCGACGGAGCACGCGACGCGGUUUGUCGACCUGCAGACCUUCUGCGACGCCCUGAAUCAAGGAAAUGCGACGCUGGCGGUCGCGCGCCAGAAGUGGGACGAGGGUCUGUACGAGGCGGCCUUGGAGCGCUACGAGGGCGGCGCGUCGGCGCUCGAGUUCCUGCGCGUGCGCAACGCCGACGACGCGGCGAAACUUUCAGAAUUACAGACGCGCUUCUUCCGCAACGCCGCGGCCUGCGCUUUAAAAUUAGACAAGUGGUGCCUCGCGCAGAGGCUCUGCCGGAAGGCGCUGGCGAUCGAUCCCGACGACGUUCGCGCGCGCUACAAGCUCGGCGUCGCCUACGCGCGGCGGGGCGACGCCGUCCGCGCGGACGCGUGCUUCGCGGCGAUCGUCGCGGCGGGCGACGAAGGUGCCGAGGCGGCGGCGCGCGAGCGCGUCAAGCUGAGGGAGCGGGCCGCGCCGACCUUCGAGCACGGGUUCCUGGGCCGCGGCGCCUUCUCGGAGGGCCGCGUAUCCGCUGAUGACGAGGGUCUCCGGCGGAGGCUGGCCGCGCGGCUCUGCGUCGACGGCGACGGGCCCGUCUUGGACCGCGACGCCGUCGUCGAGCUCCAGCGGCGGACGCUGGAGCUGUAUCGGUCGCCGGCGUUCCGCGACGUUCCAAAAGAUGAUAUAUGUGCGCUCGACGCAUUCCGGGCUGAUUUACUAGGGGAAUUUGGCUUCGUCGGCGAGCGCGGCGCGCGGGCGGCCGAGCGGGCCGUGGCGCGGUUUCUCGAGGACGAGGAGGUGUUUGCGAAUGCGAAGCGGUUGUUCGAGCUUUGUAGUGGUGUGUAAUUUGUUUCUUUUUU